AAAAGUUGCACUGGAGUUCAAGCGCGGUGUCCUGUUGCGUGAUCUCCCGCAGUUUAAAUCAGGAAACCAAUCAUCUCCACUCACUGAAACCUCGGCACAACAGCCUGGCGCGCUGUGUGCAGGCAGCUCUUUGCGGGGGGAAAAAAAACAACCACCAGGAAUUAAAAAACAAAAAAAGAAUAUUUUUUUAUUUUUAAAACUACUCUCUGCCUCGGAGUCGCCGUACACCAUGAAGUCUGCUCUCAUCUGCCUGCUUUGUGGAUUUUAUGGUGUUUUAGCCAAAGAUACAGAACAAAAGGGAAAAUACAACAUCCCCAACCUGGACGUGAAAACUCGACAGCUGAUCGUGGACGCCGACCAAACGCUACUGCUCAGCUGCAGGGGUCGCUGGGAGCUGACGUGGGCGUACCCGGCAGGUGUGGCCGAGGACCAGGUGCGAGUGGAGGAGUCUCGCUGUGGGAGGACGAGCCAGCACUACUGCAGCCGUCUGACGGUCAGCAGCAGCCAGGUCCAGAACACGGGCGCGUACCGCUGCAGAUAUCGCCACCGACCCCUGAAAGUGUCCUCGGUUUAUGUGUAUGUCACAGACAGCCAGCAGCCAUUUGUGGAACAUCCGGAUAUGAGCCCCGACGUCUUGUACCUGAUGGAGAAGCAGCCGCUGGUCAUUCCGUGCCGAGUCACUCACCCCAACGUCACCACCACACUGGUCAAGUUUCUCCCACAGCUCCACAACCCGAGCUUGAAACCAGACCAGAUGAACAUCAUCUGGAACAGCAAGCAGGGCUUCACCAUCCGAAGUCCCACCUUCUAUUACAUCGGCCUCUUCUUCUGCCAGACCGUCAUCGAUGACGUCACAUACAAGUCGCGGAAGUACUUUGUGCACAGGCCAGUGAGUAACAUCAUGGAGGUUUAUCUGAACGGCAGUGGACGCGUGCAGGCCCUGAAGGGGAGGAGUCUGGUCCUGAACUGCACCGCCACCGGGGAGCUGAACACCAGAGUGACCAUCAACUGGGAUUAUCCUGGAAAGGUUAACAACGACGCGUUCAUCAUCAGGAGGCUUGUGAAGCACAGAACGCACAUGGAGUUCUACAGUAUCCUGACAAUCCCCAAACUUCAGCGGACAAACCAGGGUGUUUACACGUGCCGCGUCAGCAGCGGCGAGAACGCCAAGCAAAAGGAAGCCGCGGUGACCGUUUACGACCGUCCGUUUAUCCGUCUGAAGCCCAGAAAUGAGUCUGUGCUGGAGGUUCAAGCCGGACAGAAAUCUUACAGAAUCGCUCCCAAAUUAAAAGCUUUUCCUGCCCCGAAGGUCAUCUGGCUGAAGGACGGCAUGGUGGCUGCAGAGCAAUGCUCCCGAUACCACAUGGACGGGAAUUCCCUGGUGAUCCGGGACGUCGCAGAGGAGGAUGCCGGGAAGUACACGGUCCUGGCCAAAAUCCAGGAAUACGGACUUUACCAGAACCUCACGCUCACACUCGUCGUCAACGUGAGUCCUGAGAUAGGGGAGAAAAAGGUUUCAUUGCAGGACCCGGGUUCUGUGCCACGGGGGAGCAGACGAGCCCUGCACUGCACGUCCCACGGAGUCCCACCUCCACACGUCCAGUGGCUCUGGCAUCCUUGUCCAUCUAAAGGCCGGUGUGUGUGUCCGGCGUCCUCCCCACUAUGGCGUCCUGUGACAGAGAGUCUCCCCGCCAUGUCCACACACAACCACAUCCUGAGUGUCACUCACAGACAGGAAGUGCUUCAGGGGAAGAAAAAGACAGUGGGGGUCCUGACUGUGGCAGAAGCCUUUGUGUCUGGAGUGUAUCGCUGUGUUGCCUCCAACCCUGUAGGCAAAGACCAGCUAGACAUCCACUUCUACAUCACAGACGUCCCAGGAGGCUUCAGUGUAAACCAGCCAGAGGAACCCAGAGAGGGCGGGAACCUCCACCUCACCUGCGUUGCCAAUAAAUACCUUUACACGGCGUUGUCGUGGCAACGUGUGAAUAACACAGAGGAGGAUGUCCAAUCACGCAGCCCCGCCCCAAGUAGCCGGCAGCUCACAUCGGGGGAGUUCUCCAACUCUCUGGUCCUGUUGCUAAGCAACCUGACGGCCGGAGACUCUGGAACUUACAGGUGUUCUGCCCGCCACCUCGUCACCGGACAGGAAACACAUCUGGACACACAGGUGGUGGUCACAAUCCUGGAGCCUCCGUUGCUUCUUAAUAAUUUGACCGAUUGCACGGUCAACGUCAGCAGCUCAGUGACCCUCAGCUGUCCAUCUCAAGGCAUCCCACCCCCAACCGUCACAUGGUACAAAGACGAACGUGCGCUUUCACAAGGAUCAGGAAUCAUCAUAUCACCAGAAGAUGGGACUCUGCAUAUUGACCGGAUCACAGUGGAGGAUAGGGGACUGUAUACGUGCCAGGCCACCAAUAAGAGGGGAUCUGUGGAGAGUUCUGCAUACAUAUGGGUCAACAGUGCCUCAGAAGUGUCAUUUUUUGAAAUUCCCACCCUCACCUGCACCUGUGUGGUGGCCACUCUGCUCUGGCUGCUGCUCACGCUCUUCAUACGGAAACUGAGACAGUCCAACAACUCAAACGCCAAGCCGGAGUACCUGUCAAUCAUUUUGGACACAGGCGAGGGGCCAACAGAGGACCAGUGUGAGAGACUGCAGUAUGAUCCCAACCAGUGGGAAUUUCCUCCUGAGCGGCUCGAAUUAGGGAAGCCUCUGGGCCGCGGAGCCUUUGGUAAAGUGAUACAAGCGUCUGCGUUUGGCAUCGAUGGUGCCAACAGCUGCAGGACUGUGGCUGUGAAGAUGCUCAAAGAGGGCGCUACAGCCAGCGAGCACAAGGCUCUCAUGACUGAAUUGAAGAUCCUCAACUACAUUGGUCACCACCUGAAUGUUGUCAAUCUACUGGGAGCCUGCACCAAGUCUGGAGGACCACUGAUGGUCAUCGUCGAGUACUGUCGCUAUGGAAAUCUCUCUUCCUUCCUGAAGAGCAAGCGAGACGUAUUCGUGCACAAUCAGUUUGCUGGAGGAAAAGCUGGACAGAGUUAUGUCAGCAGUGAUUCUGAGAGCCAGUGCAGCAGCAGCAGCAGCAGCAGCACAACAGAGUUUGACCACAACAACAAGGAGAAUGGCCUUGAUCCCACAUCUGUGUCUCCUUUAUUUGUGGAGGAUCUGAUCUCCUUCAGCUUCCAGGUGGCACGUGGAAUGGAGUAUCUGGCCUCUCGCAAGUGUAUCCACAGAGAUCUGGCAGCCAGGAAUGUCCUGCUCUCGGACAAUAAAGUGGUGAAGAUCUGUGACUUUGGUCUGGCCAGAGACAUCUACAAAGAUCCUGACUACGUCCGCAAGGGAGACGCCCGUCUCCCUCUGAAGUGGAUGUCUCCCGAGUCUAUUUUUGACAAAGUGUUCAGCACGCAGAGCGACGUGUGGUCCUAUGGCAUUCUGCUGUGGGAGAUCUUCUCUCUGGGAGCUUCCCCCUACCCUGGUCUUCACAUCGAUGAAGAGUUCUGCCACCGACUGAAGGAAGGAACGCGGAUGCGAGCGCCGGAGUACAGCACGCCUGACAUUUACAGCACGAUGCUGUCAUGUUGGGAGGCUGCUCCUUCAGAACGACCCACCUUCACCAACCUGGUGGAGACACUGGGAGACCUGCUGCAGGCCAUGGUUCAACAGGACGGGAAACAUUACAUUCCUCUGGGAUCUUUCAUGGCUGGAGACACAAAUCACAGCGGGGAUCUGGCGGAAAAGCCACUCGCAGUCACAAACCUAAGUUACAUGAGAGGGAUGGCCACACUUCAGACUUUUGAGGAACUCCCCUGUGAGGAGCCCGACAUGUCGGAAGAGCAGCAGCAGAGCGACAGUGGGAUGGUUUUACCCUCUGAGGAGCUGAUCCACAUCAAGUGGAAUAACAACAACUACAACACUAAGAGCAGAAAACUCAGCAGGUUUUUCACCUUUAAGUGUCGCGACACCCAGGUGCCGUUCCCGCGCCAUGACACGGUCGGCAUACGGGACAGCGAGCCGUCGUUUCCGCCUCGUGACUGGGAGUGCGACGGUGGCGGCUCCCCUCCUCCAGACUACAACUCCGUCUUCCUCUACCCGUCCCUUUAGCGUUCCUUCCCUGGCAAAGUCUUUGACGAUAUUUGACAGGGUAAAAAACGCUGUUAUUUACUCACUCAGAACAUAUUCUACUUUAACUUUACACUGCAGUCCUCAUCUGCUACCUCAUUAUAAUACCUGCAGGUAUACAGUAAUACCUCCGUUACCAUCCAAGCAUAGUCCCACACAAAGCUUUCCCAGGAGCUGAUUCACAUGCGACAGUACAAUUUAUAAAUAAUGUAUUAAUCGAUUCACCACAAGAGCUUUAAGUAUUGGUACCUCAUGCGCUGAGCUUUGUGGAGAGGAACACUGCUGUAUGGAAUAACUGUUCCUCCUCCACAGCCACUAUAUGCUGGACUAAAGUUACAUAUUACCUUUAGCUUUUUACUCUGUGCUAAGAACGUAUACCUCUAUAUUUAUUUUAAUGCCGUAGUCGGGUUAUGAAGGAAGUCACCUGUUAAAUAACCGCUCAGAUGUCGGUUUAUUGGGAACGCCGAAAUCUAAUCGUUUGGAAAUACAUAUAUGCAUUUUGUUAAUUUCAGAAAUGGUGACCAAAAAAAAAAAAGAUUGAAGAUAAAACGCUACCUUGGUUGUAGUGGUGGUAAAUUCUAAUAAGAUGGAGCGUUAUUACACUUAUUAACUAUGUUUGAUGAGCAAAAAAGAAACCCUUUUCAUUUACACUAUAUGGACAAAAGUAGAUAGUUCACCCUUUAACACCAAGCAUAAGCAAGUGCACUUUGCGUUACUGUAAUUCAGAAACAGUUUGGGCAAUCGGAAACUAAGAAGUUGCACGUCAAAUACGUGUGGUUAAGUGGAAAGGGAACUUGUCUUCUAACCGGAAGGUCGCCGGUUCAAGUCCCCACCAGGUAGAAAGGGCUGGGGUACCCCUGAGCAAGGAACCCAACCCCCACUGUGGCAGCCCACUGCUCCUAAAAAAAAAAAAAUUUGGGCAAUUUCACUUGUGCGUCACAGGAAGCCAGCGAAUCAGGUUCUUAGUUACCAGAGGAGAGUUGGAAAAACACCUGUGCAUAAGAUUCCAUUAUUUAGCCCGUUUUUGGACAUUGAGACAAAAAGUCAAGCAAAUGUUAUUUUAAAUGUUUUAUAGCGUUUAAAUUUCAGAUUUAACACACAAAAUCAGGAUUAUUUUUUAAAUAAAACCUUUUGUUUUUCCUUUUAAAUUGUUAAAACAGUAUUUCAAUAUGCAGUUAAUUGUGAAUAAUAUGAAUAAUAAUAAUAACAAUAAUGAUUGCCAGAUAUUGAGAGUCAUUCUGUAACAAAUUGGCAAAAGCACUAAGUCACAGGACAUUUUCUGGCCCUUAUGGUUAAAAGAAGGGUUUGAAGUAUUGAAUUCAGGUGUUAUCUUCAGUAUAUACCAAGACAUUUUGGACAAUGCUACGCUUUCAACUUUGUGGCAAGGACUAUAAAGACAUGGAAGUGUGGAAGAAGUCGAUUGGCCCACACAGAGCCCUGACCUGAAGCCCGUCGAGCACCUUUGGGAGGAACAGGAACAGAGGAGAUUGUGAGCCAACAUCGUCCAACAUCAGUGCCCGACCUCAUAAAUGCUGUACAGAACGAAUGGACACACAUUAUAUAGAGGACGAAUUUCAUAUUAAAAGUCCUGCAUACGUA